AUGGUCGACGUCUCCCAGCUCGUCUCGCAGAUGCACGAGACGCUAUCGAGCAUCCACAGCACCAUCUCGUCUCUCUCUGCGCUUGAUCACCAGUCACGCCUUGACGAACUCGAGCAGAGUCGUGCAGCUGCUCUUGAAGCUUUGCAGUCUAGCUUUCGCCUUGAAUCGGAUGAUCUUGCUCGCAAACGCAAAGCCCAACGCGAUGCUUUGGCUGAGCAGCGACGCCGCGAAGAUGAAGAGCGCGAGGCUCGACGCCGCCAAGAAGAUGAAGCGCUUCUCGCACAAGUUGUCGACGAAGAUCGUGGCCGGCAUGGAAAGCUGGACGUAGACGCGCGCGAGGUUGAAGAGUCGACGGAGACAAUGAUGGGACGUGUCGAAGAAGAGGCCAAGCAGGUGCUCGACGAGGGCAAGGCGAAGCUGGCAGCAUUGGAAGAAAGACGGAAGGAACUCAACCGCUUAAUUGAUGAGCAGCUCCAGCUUCCGCUGCCAUCUGCACCAUCACGCCGCAAGUCGGGAGAACGGUCGCUUCCUAAAAUAGUGGCCCCCAGCAACCCAGUGGACACCUUUGACAAUCGCGAUAACCACGGUGAUGGUGACCGAGAUGGCCUUCCAACGGCGACGACCACCACGACCGAGGGUAUCGCAGCGAAGAAAUUGGUGCAAGAAACCGACGUCGUCCAACAAGGUUCCGAACCGGUCUCUUCUACUGUCCAGACGGAGUCCAUCCCUGAGAAGGAAACACAGUUCCAUGAGAAUCAAAAUUGCCCUCCCGAUGCGACACCAUACGUUGUACCGGGAGAAUUCCCAUCCUCCGCACUCCAGUCACCCGUCAGUGACAAUAUAGCCAUCAGCGCUGUUGACAAGGCCCUCACGGAACCACAACAAACCACUGAAGAUGUCAUCUCGGAGAAAGACGUCGAGUCAGACGCCUCAAUGAUAGUACCAACCGAGAACGUUCCCGAGCAGUGGCUUGAAAACUGCGAUCAGCAAUCAGAACAACAACAAGAGCAGUCACACAGCGAAGACAACAAAACUCGACAUGAGGGACCACCGGUUUCCAUCACUGCAGAGAGCAUAGGACAUAGUGACCAAUCAUCUCAGAUCGAGACCGAGGAACAGUCCGCGGUUGGUGAUGCCACAGAAGUGCGGGGCGCCGAAGACACCCUUGGCGGCCACAACCUAGAAACGCAUAACGCACACCUCGAAGACAAUAGUAGUAAUGACGAUGGACACGGCGAUGGCGAUGCCACACCUACAAUCGAGUCCCACGAAAGCAUCCAGCAAGAAGACGGACUAAACGUUGAUGGGACGGGGGCACCUGUCUCUUCUGCCGUGCAUUCCAACAUCCCAAGCAUUUCUAUUCACACGGCAGACAUGACCGAAGAGUCUCUUCGUGAGGUCUCUGACGGUAAGAAAGAUGAAGACAAAGAAAUCGCCGACAAUUCACCUGCUGAAAAGGAGUCUGGCAAAGAAGGUGCGCAGGCGUCUCGUAUUGGGCUUGUUCAAGAACCAAAGGAAGAGCAUGGGAACGCGCACUUCGAUCCUCCGAACACCGUCUCAUCUGUAUCUUCAGAUGCUCAAAGUCCAGAAGAGGAACCUAUCCACCAGGGCACCAUUGAAGCCUCAGAAACCCAGAUUUCCGUUGAGUCGGCCUCUUUCACUUCCGACGAAUUAGAAGCGUCGUCAGCCAACGACAUGUCGGGUGAGAGGCAUUUGAACCAUUAUCCAGAUAUGAGUGUACACGAAGAGAGCGUUCCAGAGAUUCCCCAUGAGAUGGCACACGAAAUUCUACAAGGCGAAGCCGUCCAUCCCGAAGUUUCGCAUCCAGAAGUCACGACGGAGGACGCUCUCGCUGGGCAAAUUCUUGAAGACAAAGACACCACUUCAUUGGUGAAUACUGAGCAAAGGAUCAAUGUUGACUCUUCGACCUCUUCUCAAGUCUCGGAAAUGCCACCGGUUAUCAAAGAUGUCGAUUUAGAGUCACAAGAACAGGCUAAGCCAGAACCCCCAUUUCCAUCUGCCCUCAGCCCAACAGGAGGGCCUAACAUAGGCCCACCAAAUGACCAACAACAAGAUCUUGCGGUUAUCGUACGGGACGCAGCUGCCCGCGAGAUCAUUGAUGAUGAGAUCGUACACAAAGAUGCUGUCGACAACGAGAUCAUUGAACAAGAUCCGGGGCCAACUUCAGACGCGACCGAGCAAAUAGAGGUUCAGGAAGAGGCGCAUAAGGAUACCGCAAAUGACGCUGUUGCUUUUAACUACGAGUCUCCACCCGACAAUACGGACGCUUCUGCGUGGCACUCCCAGGAGCGAUACGUCUCUCAAGAUGUGUACGCUGACCCACACGCAGCAGCUCAAGAGUAUGUCGACUACGGAAGAAGCUACUAUGCAUCGGCUCAGCAAAGCCUCGAUCCGUCUCCGGUCCUCCAAGAGGUCCACGAGAUUCCUGAUGCUGUCGAAGAUUCUGUCGUCAGCGAAAUCACAGCCUUUGUUGGAGAGGAGGACAUGCACACUGGCCACAGUACCCUAAGUCUCCACAAAGAGCUUGAGGAGCUUCAUGGAGAAGAAUAUGACGAAGAUAUGGAAGAAGAAACCGGAAUACCGUCCUCUCCUAACACAUUCCAUGAAGUAGAUAAAGACAUUGUCCCGGAGGCAGAAAAUGCAGCAACGAUGCACGGCCAAGAUGACCUCUUUGACGAUGACAGCGAAGAGUCGGCUGGAUCUAUAGACUCUUCCGACUCAGCAAACCCAGAAGAGUUAGCGGGUCAAGAUCAGGAUACCAGCCAAGAGGAUGAGCUUGUGCAUGAAUCCUUGCCACACCAAGAGCAUGACAACAGGCUUUUCGAGCGACUCGAUGAGGAACCGUAUGAGGUUUCCCAGGACACCGAAGUACUCCAGACGCCAACUACGAUUGUGGGCGACUCCCACAGUGUUAACACGGUGACUUCUCCGGAAAAUGAGCGCCCCGUCACACCAGACGCUUCUACGCCGCGGGCAUCUCAUUUCAAGGGACUUGCCAAUAGCCGGCAUGCACCCAAACAACAACAACAUGAACCUGUAACACCUCCUCGUCAGACAGCCGUGCACAACGACGAGGGUUUUGAUGGCAUUGAUUUUUUGCCCCGUGAUGUCACACAUGUUCCGUGGCAAGAGCGUGACGGCAGCAUCGACGCCACUCCUGGUUCGGUUCGCAGUCAAGCAACACUAUCAACGUCUGCUUCGUCAUCCUUCGGCACCCCAUCACCGUGGUCUGCUGGAACCGUGACGACAAUGACGCCUGGAACAGGUGCCAUCAUUAGUGGAAAUUCGGUUCCUCAGGACGAUCCGUUUAUCCGCGCCAGCUGGUCCAGCUCACCAGAAGGAGGUCAUGGCAGUGGCUACAGUCAUGGUGACGACCAUGAUAUCAUUCCUAACCGCGGAAAGUCCAUUGGCCAGCUCAAUUACAGCUACAACGGUCGAGCUGUCAACGACCCCGAGAAGAAGGAUGUCGUUCUAGCUGCCAAUCUAACGCCGCAGCCAAACAACAGCCGGCCAAGCUCGGCCGUCGCGACGUCGUCACCUACUAGUCUUUUCCAGCGCAUGAGAAACAUUUUUGAGCCGCCACAAAAUGGUACCGCACAAGGCACACCAGUUAAGCCAGCGACACCAGCAGCCAGCUCAAGUGAUGCGUUUCCGGCCAUAGGUAAUACACCAAACCGGCCCGUAGACCGAGGCUUCCGUGGCGGCACCCAAGCGAUGGAUAGCCACCGACUGGGUGAUGGCGCAGGCGUUGACGAUCUGGACGCGGACGACUUGUUCAAUGAGAAAAGCUCCCUCUUGCAAGCCUCUGCCAUUGACAUGCCGUUGCAUUGA